UGAAUUGAAAGAUAAGGCAGGCUCAAAAUAUUGUAUAGUAUGGAAUAGAUGGUAUGAUUGGAUAACUUGGAGAAAUGAGGGCAAAUGCAAAAUUCUGAAUGAUAACAAAAAUUUUUUAAAAAAUGCACCGUCAAUAACAGAACGGAUAUGUGACGAAAAUCACUUUUUCUUUUUAUGUAGUGUUGUUUAUAUGGAUAUAUACGUGUUUUGUAUACACAUGGUGUAUUAUUUUGCUUUUAUAUAUUUAAUAACCGUCAUAAAUAGGAGACGUUUGCCAGGCGUCUGAAUUUGGAUCGCCGUGGGGAAUGCUGAAGUUGUCCCAAGUGUGAAAAAACUGUCACAAGUCACUUUUUUCAGUGCCCUUGUAACUUCAAACGGUCACUAUAUGAACUGUCGUAAGUCGAGGAUUCCCUGGAUUCGAUGCAGGGAGCGUUGGAGAAGGGAUGGCGGAUGGCAACAAUAUUUCUCUGAUAUUCGGAGACAGGCAGCUUGGGAAAUACGGAUCUGCCCAACUUUGCAACACAGAGUGUUACAGCUGCAGGCUGAGAGUGGAAGGAGAGGAGGGAAAGAGCACCUGUGGGAACGUUCUCCCAGAAAAAGCUGCCAGCUGCUGUAUAUCUCAGGCCCCAGGAUGCCAUCGGAAUUGGAGAGGGCUAUGGAGAUCAUCAUCAACAUCUUCCACCAGUAUGCCACCAGAAAAGGCGACAAGGAUAAGCUGAGCAAGAAGGAGCUGAAGCAGCUGCUGCAGAAGGAGUUGGGCUUGGAGACCCAGAAAUAUCCGGAGGGGGUGGACAAGAUCAUGUGCGAUGUGGACGAGAACGGCGACGGGAAAGUCAGUUUCCAGGAGUUCCUGAAGCUGGUGGUCAACCUAAUUAUAGAAAGAAACUCUUCCUUUUCGGAGGAAACCUGAGCUUGCCGGCGGCCCUUAGCGGGAACGCAAAGCUCGGGAGUUUUGGGGGGGGCUUCAAGCCCAGCUGUCCCCUUCGCAACGCCUUUUCCCCCGUUUCUCGCGGCUUCUCUGCCCAACUGGGAGCACCCCGAGGUGCCAUGUAAUCGUCUGCUGGGACAGCCCUGCUGCUGAUUAAAGCUGUUUAGUGUG